GUAAAAAAAUCAUAUAGAUUUUUAUAGGCAACAUUAAAAGGUGAAUAUUAUUUUAAAAAAUGGCUAAAGGAGUGGAUAAGUUGCCCGGUACGAACACCAGAAUUCGAAACCGUGAUGAUGGUUGCUGCUCGAUUAAUUUUCUGAAAUACGUUCUUCAUAUCUAUAAUGUAGUACUAUUUCUAUCUGGUGUCGUAGUGGGUGGGAUUGGUAUUUGGACAGUUGUAGUAAAGCACAGCUACAUUUCACUUAUGACAACAUCGACCUAUCCUGUUUUGGCUUAUGCACUUAUUACUGCAGGAGUAUUAGCAAUAAUCGGAAGUUGGAUCGGUUGUGGAGGUGUGACUUCAGAAAAUCGAUGUGUAUUACUCAUGUAUAUUUUUGUUGUGAUGAGUAUCUUUGUAUUGGAAGCAGGAGUGGGUACAUUAGCUCGACUGUAUGAAGAACAGGUGGAAACAGAAUUAAGACUAAAUUUAAAUCGUACUUUUCUCGAAACUUAUUCGUUAAAAUCCAGAGAGACAUCUGCUAUUGAUCAAAUGCAGCAAGAAUUUAAAUGUUGCGGCGCUGUACGAUUUGAAGAUUGGUUAAUGAGUGAGUGGUAUAAAGACGAGGAAGUACAAAAAAACGGAAAUCUCGUACCAGAUAGUUGUUGUAAAACACCAAGUUUCCUAUGUGGCAAACGGGACCAUCCAUCAAAUAUUCAAUAUUCCGGUUGUAUCUAUAAAUUUCUGGAGACCACAAAGGAUCACUUGAUAAUUCUUGGUGCGAUUGGACUUGGCUUGUCUGUACUUGAGAUUUUUGGGAUAAUUCUUGGUUCCUGUCUCUAUAUUAAACUCAGAUAUGAUUUUGAUGACUGAGUGUUAUUAUUCCGAAAAAAAUGAGAAUGGUCACUUCUAAUAUCGAUGUAUCGAAAUCUAGCCUUACAGGAACCAAUGUGGUUCUUUAAAAUUACUAUUUAUGGUUGUUCAUUAUUACAAGAUUGUAACUGAUAUAUCACAGAAUAUAUUAUGGAACGCUGUAAAUAAAAAUCGAAAUGCUUUUACUACUAUAUACAAUAUACU